GGCUUCCAUUUUAAUAAAAAUAAAUAAAAUAAAUGCUCACAGUAACAGAGAGAGAGAGAGAGAGAGAGAGAGAGAGAGACAGGGCGGGGGGAUGACGCAGCCGAACAACCCUUUUCGUUUCCGUGCAUGUCCUCAUGUUGCCGCCGGUUAAAUGCCGGCGUCGCCUGCUCAACCGCGGCGGCGAGCCAUCAGGUUCUCCUCCGACUGCCGCCCCGGAGGGCCGAGAUUUGGCGGCUGUCUGGCGCUCCGGCGAAUCGGCGGCUAGCGAUCAUUCUCCGAUCGCCGAAGCAGCCGCGGACGUGCGUGGUACUGUCGCUGGGAUCAUCGGACUGCAGAGACGGGGAGAAGGCGCGGCCUUGCCCUUACGCGGCGGGCGAUGUGAGUUUGGGGGAAACAAGCCGGCGCGAUCGGACGGUUCAGGUGGUGCUUGCGGCGGCGGCCACGGUGAUCCUGGGAGUAGGGAAUCGAGUGCUGUAUAAGCUGGCUCUCGUUCCUCUCAAACACUACCCGUUCUUUCUCGCUCAACUCGCUACUUUCGGAUACGUCCUUGUGUACUUCUCUAUCUUGUACCUACGAUACAAUGCUGGCAUUGUUACAGAUGAGAUGCUUUCCUUGCCAAGAACUCCAUAUGUUGCUCUUGGCUUCUUGGAGGCUCUUGGUGCUGUUUCUGGAAUGGCAGCUGGAGCAAUUCUUUCUGGGGCAUCAAUUCCAAUAUUGUCUCAGACCUUUCUAGUGUGGCAACUUAUUUUGUCCGCUAUAUUCCUUGGAAGAAGAUACAGAGUCAAUCAAUUAGUUGGAUGCUUUCUUGUGGCUGUUGGAGUGAUCAUAACUGUGGCAAGUGGAUCUAAUGCUGGUCAUUCAGUAAAGGAAGCCAGUGUUUUUUGGAGUCUUUUGAUGAUACUAUCUUUUUUGUUUCAAGCUGCUGAUACAGUACUAAAGGAAAUAAUUUUCUUGAAUGCUGCUAAGCAGUUAAAGAGAGGUUCUGUGGAUCUAUUUGUUGUAAAUUCUCAUGGAUCUGCUUUCCAAGCACUUUUCAUAUGCUUACUUCUUCCCUUUCUGUCAAAGUUAUGGGGCAUUCCUUUUAGUCAAUUGCCAAACUAUCUUAAAGACGGUGCUGCCUGCUUCCUUAAUCUUGGUACUCUCUCAAGUGGAUGUGAUGGCGCACCACUGCUACCAUUGCUUUUUGUAGUUGUGAACAUGGGCUUCAACAUAUCAUUGCUUCAUCUCCUCAAGAUUUCUUCCGCUGUGGUAUCAUGUCUUGCAUCUACACUGUCAGUGCCAUUAUCAGUUUAUAUAUUCACUUUUCCAUUACCGUACCUUGGUGUGGCAUCUUCUCUUCCAACUGGCUUCUUGACAGGCGCCAUCAUCCUCAUCAUUGGCUUGCUUACGUAUGCUUGGAAGCCCUCGCCACAUAUUCCCAGUGUUGCCCAGCCGUCUCCCCAGUAGACCAUAUUCAUCAAUCACUGUUUUUUGCUCUCCACAGCAGCAACUCUUCUCCCAUGGCCCAAAAGAAGAGAAGGUUGCUUAUUGUAAUUGUAAUUUAGUAUAAUAAAAUGCUGAAUAUGAAUUAUUCUUAAUAAGAAUUCAUUCAUAUUAUCUAAUUAAUAAGAUUUUUCUUAGAGUAGAAAAA